AACAGAGAUAAACAGAGAGAAUUAGGUAGUUUGACAUUUUCCUCCCGCGUGCGAGUGUUGUUCAGCUAGUUUAGUACGAUAUCUUCAUCGAAGCCGAUAGCGUGAAAGAUGCAGUUUACAAAUCGAUUGAGAAUAUUGGCAUACAAUGUUAUCACUGGAACAGUGAAUAGUGCUCGUCAUGUGCAUAGUGGCAGCGGCGCUACUCUGCAGCGCAUAUCACUGCCUUUGAGGCAUCCUCGCGGCCACUCCAGAAUAACAUCACAUGCAGAUGUUCACAUGGAGCCGGAACAGCAAGGGGGCGGGGCGACGAACCGCCGUGAGCAAGAGAGGUUGACUGAUGUAAACAAUCAGAAAUACUCUUCUCGACGAGGGCGAUCUGAUGAGGCUGAGCUGGAAGAAAUAGAAAACAAUCUGUUCGAUAAUCGACAGUCGAAAGACGAUUUGCACCUUGGCGAGAUUAUGAAAAAGUAUAAAAGCGAUUUCCGCCGAGUGGAAAUUAAUGGAAGCCAUAAGAAACUAAAGAAAAUGGCUAAACCGGUUCGGCUGAGGGAGAUGGAUUUAGAAACCAUGAAUACACUCAAACCGUACAAAAAGAAGGAAAAAUCGUUGGAAGUCACAGACAAACAAACUGGGCUUAAAUAUCUUAGACUGCUGAAAAAUGACCCACUUUUUCGGGACCUGCAAUUGCUUAUGAUUUCUCGCAAACGACGAGAGUUAAAAAAUAAAUUAGUCGUCGAAGGUAAGCGACUGAUUAACGAUGCAAUUGAAGCAGGGCUGUGGUUGGAAACCGUCAUUUUCUCCGAACUGAAUCAUUUGAACGACGUACGAACAAAACUGCAAGCCCUCAAUUUGGUUCAACUGCCAAGCCAUGUGCUCCAGGAAUGGUCGGACCUUGUAACUAGUCCUGGUAUGAUUGGAAUUUUCCAAAAACCAACCGACAUGAGUAACAUUGUUAUCCGCAAUCGGACAACGGAAUCCCUUCCAAUUACCGUAGUUUGUGAUAACGUACGGGAGCCGAACAAUUUGGGAAGCAUUCUCAGAAGUUGCGCGUCGAUUCCCGUUGACCGUGUGAUCCUGCUGAAGGGAUGUACGCAUCCGUGGGAACCGAAGUGCUUGCGAGGGGGUGCGGGGGCUCAUUUUCGAACAAGCAUCGUCGGUCCGGUGACGAUGGACGAGCUGGCGGAGCACCUUCCAGCCAAUCCGACCUUCCUGGUGGCGGAUAAUAGCAGCGAAAGAGGCGAUGGAUCGUUUGUGUCGAGCCGUUACGAUAAAGCCAAUUAUAUCGACAUGGAACACAUGGUGCUGGUGAUUGGUGGCGAAACACAUGGGGUUAGCAGUGAUGUGAGAAGAUACAUAAGACAGCUGAAGGAGGAUUCUAACGAUGGAAAUAGCCCCUAUCUGGUACACAUUCCGUUAGAGAAUGGUGUUGAAAGUUUGAAUACCGCGUCAGCAAUUUCGGUUAUUUUAUGCGAAAUACGAAGGCAGUUGAACCAAACCAAAUAAAAUGCUUGUUUGUUGAUCCUAUAGUAAAUAUUGUCUUAAUAAUAUAGAAGAGCUCUUUA